UCACUCUGUUAGCUACUGGGCAAUGAGCUUGAAAAGGUCAAGUGUAGUUCUUCUGAGAUGCUACCUCUCAUAUUAAAGGUACGUAUGAUUCUUACAUUUAGAUUUUAUUGUCAAUGUGCAUAUAUUAAUUACAUGAAUUCACAUGAUACAUCAUAACAUUUCAGUCCCAAAUGCAAUGUCAAAACAGCAGAACAUGACUACUGCUGUGUUUAAUUACCUCCCAGUUUAUCAUUUCCCUGUGUUGGGAGCUUUGAAAAUCCUCUCUAAGGGCUACUCUGAAACAUGCAUUAAUUGUUGUUCAUCAGGCAUAUUUUGCUGAGCUAUAGAAUGUCAACAUUGCUUCUCCUGUUAAACCUCAGACUUCUGUCCAUUGUCUUUCCUUUCCUUCCUGUGCAACUACUUGUGUGUGGUUGACAUGUUUGCUAUGAAAUGUUCACUCCCAUAGGUAAGUGAGAACAUGCAGUGUUUCUUCUUUUGUGCCUGGGUGAUUUGCCAAAAUUCACUGGAGGAGUGGUAGCAGGAUGUCCAUUCAGCACAGACCAGAUGGUAAGUUGCUGAAUGUGAGCUGUGACAAGCAAGGACCUCAGGAACGUGGUUUAAAACUGAUGAAGGGCUGUUAUCACUGAAUCCUCACCUUUCUUCCCAGAAACCUCUAGUAAAUUUGGAAAUAAAUCAUACACAGAAGGCUUUUGUGAAAAAUCAGGAUAAUGUACUAACACAAAAUUUAUUUUUAAAUUGCAGCUCUCACCAUCUUUGUUUCAGCAGAAAGAAGACAACUGAAAAAUAUCAAAUAGAGAUGAGAGACUGGAGCCAGAACGGUGGUUCAACAGGCUCAUCCUAAACCUGCAGCACCAUUCUUUCACUUGGAAAUUAGUUCUAGUUUUGGUUGCUUCACUUCUGAUUCUUCUUGUUUCUGGACUGGGAAAUGAGCAGAGGAUGACUCAAGACCUUGGGUUCCUGCAGCCAUUGGGAAUAGCAGAAAGAAGCUCCUGGUUACUGGCUUCAGAUUGGCUCAGCUCUGGACAUUGCAGUCAUUUGGGACGUAAGUGACCUGGCAGAUUGAGGACUUGUCUUUCUGUUUCUUCCUCUCUCUUCAAAUCUGCCUUUCAAAGUAAAAAUAAAUAGUUCUAAAAAGAAUGAUGAGUUUUAUGCUAUAAAGGAGGAAUGAACUAUGCACAUGUUCUUGCAUCGAUACUGUUCUUUUCACUAAGCCCAGAGCACAUCCGCUGCUCUGAAACUGUCAUGCUCGCUACUUGGUAUUCUUCCAGUUUUCUCUAGGUCACUUCAUGAAGUCCUAAGAUGACACAGGGACACCUCAUCCAGAAAAUGAGCUUCCUAUCUCUCACAGGGCCUGGAAUUGUAGGAAACAUUUUCAUGCUUUUCAAACAUGUACGUAGUUUAGUGAUGGGUCGUGAGAAAACUUCCAUAGAUCUUAUCCUCAUUCAAAUGGCUAUUUCAAAUAUUGUGAUUAUUUGUAGCUUAUGGAUCGGAAACAUAAGCAUGUUGUUUUAUUUUAGUAACUUCCUUCUAGGUGACAUGUUUUGUAAAAUACUAUUUUACCUGAGUAGGGUGGCUCGAAGUCUCUCCAUCUGCACCACCUGCCUGCUCAGUGUAUUUCAGGCCAUCACCAUCAGUCCCAGGAACACCUUGUGGAAAAGGCUCAAACCACGCACUGCAUGGCAGGUUCUUCCCCACCUCCUCCUCUUCUGGGUUUUUAGCUUUCUCAUAAGCUCUAACUUGCUACACUACAUCACAAUAAGCAACAAUGUGAACAGGUCUGCUGUUAGAAUGUACUUUGGAUAUUGCUACAUGCUGCCAUCUCCACCAAUGAUCAGGUGGCUCUUUCUCUGCCUCAUGGCUCUCCGAGACCUCACCUUUCAGAGUCUCAUGGGCUGGAGCAGUCUGUACAUGGCUCUCCAUCUGUACAAACAUCACAAACGUGUCUUCUACCUCCAGAGCUCCAGGACUGACAAAUAUCCCAGCCCCGAGAUCAGAGCUACUCAAAGUACUCUCAUUCUCAUGACCUGUUUCCUGUUCUCUUAUUGGACAGAUUUCAUUUUCUCCCUCUACACAGGGAUCACAUUGUCAGAGGAAUCAGCAAUAAUAAAUACCAAAAUGUUGCUUGAACUGGGUUUUUCCUGUCUCAGCCCCUUUGUUCUGAUCAGCAGGGAUAUUCAUAUCACUGGAUGCUGGAAUGCUCACUGAGGAGAUAAGGGAACUGCUUCCAAACAUACUCUUUCAGGUAAUAAAAUGUGUAUUGAGGGAUUG